AAGAAGUGGUAUAUUUUCUGAAUUCGAUAGAUGGUGAAUGGACAAAUUAUCCGGAUAUGAAGCAAUUAGUUGAUACAUCAAUAAAAGUGUUCCGAUCUCAAAGACAAGCUCGAGUACCACGUACUAAAUCCAGCAACAUUACGUGGAUAAAAGUGCAGUGUCCUCUACAGCGCAACGGUAUCGAUUGCGGAUACUUUGUAAUGAGGUUUAUGAGGGAAAUCAUUAAUAUGAAUCAAAUAGAGAUUCCAAUCACGUACUUUGAUGAAUACAAGUGUGCUCAUUACACGAGACUGCAGUUGGAACAAAUCAAGGAGGAAUUGUGUCAAUAUUUUAUUGUGAAAAGAUUAAUUAGUAUAUAAUGGUUUCAAAAUAACAUGAAUACUUUGAUGAAGAAUGGUUUCAGGUUGGCAAGUGUAUAGUUCUUUAUAUUUUUAACAGAUUAGUUAUGACUCCAAAUAGGCCGUAUAACAUAUUAGUUUUGACUUGUGUAUAGUUCUUUAUAAUUUUAGUGAUAUCUUUA